CUUGACCACGAGGACAACAACAUCAUGAGCCGUUAAAGAAUCAAACUUUUAUAUAGCCAUGUCAGGAGUACAAGAUGAGGAGUUCGUCAUGAUACUGGUUGCCACAAAGACAGAUCAACGUACAUAUCACAAGGUCUUCUCAGAAGGCAUCGAUCCACUAAGGUGGAUCUACACUCCUGACCAUCCUGUCCCAAUCUGGAUGAUGUCAAUAUUCCGAUCUCCACAGCAACGAGACAUCGAUCUGGUUCAACACUGAAUCCUCGGAGUUCUUUCGUCCCUUAUCCGGAGCUUGAACGGUUGGACAGCCAGAAAUUCUUCAGUCACUGGGCAGGAUCGAAAAAUUGGCGAAGAAAGUAAGUGGAGUGGAAUGCAAUGAUGCUGGUCCAGAAUCAAAUUUCCACAACAGGAAACCUCGAGAUGGGAAUAUUAUUGGAUAUUGAACCAUGUGAAGAAGAACCAGUUUGAUAUACACUGUACCUGACUUCAAAUCAUCAGUUUUAUCCAACCUAAUUUGCAAACCUCGUCAAUUGCGAUCCGACUCCACUUAAAAAAUAGAUGGCUACUAAGGACAUGCGUGGAUUGUAAUUUAUCAUAGCGGAAAAAAAUACAUUACUUUCGAUUCAAACAUACCAGGCAUAUCAAUUCCCUCCCUAGAGCUAAUGUGAUGGAGACUACCGACAUUGUUAGCUUGAUGUCAAGGGAUUAGUGUUCUGUACUGCUUUCAAGUCCUCCAUUGAUAUAGGCUUUAUAUUAUCAUGAGAUCAGGCAAAAAAAGUAGCCUCUAAUUACUCUUCCGAAUCCAAGACUCUUGAAAAUAUGCAAGGAUCCAGGAGUUUGGGCUGAAUCCGUGCGCCAAGACCGUGUACUCGCAAAUUACAAAUAAAAAGUGACAUGCCG